GCGGUUGCUGGGGCCCAGCCCAGGCGCCCGGAGUCCUAGCGGGGGCGGACGCUGGCGUCCCGGGCCUUUCCUCCAGAGCAUCCGUGCCGAAGCGGCCCGAGCUGGCACCUGGCCAGCGGUUGCAUCCCGGCGGCCUCUCCGUGGCUCGUCUGGCCGUUCAGAGGCGGGGCUGCCGUAUCCCUGCCAGGCGGGCCGAGACGCAGGCCCCGGGGGAGGGGCUGAGCGCGGUUUUCGGCAGAUUCCAGGACACGUGAUUGCUGCUUAGGGUCCGCUGCAGGCGCGGUCCGCCUCGUAGACGCUUCAGCACACCUGGGAAUCGAGCCCCGCGGUGUCCACGACCAUGGCGGCGAACCUUCUGGAGGACUGGUGCCGGGGGAUGGAAGCGGACAUCCACAGGUCCCUGUUGGUCACUGGCAUCCCAGAGGACUGUGGCCAAGCGGAAAUCGAGGAGACCUUGAAUGGGGUCCUCUCCCCGCUGGGUCCGUACUCCGUGCUCAACAAGAUUUUUUUGAGGGAAGAAAAUGCCAAAGCUGCCCUCGUUGAGGUCGGGGAAGGUGUGAAUCUGAGGGCCAUACCCCGGGAGUUCCCAGGAAGGGGGGGCAUCUGGAGAGUGGUCUGUAGGGACCCCACCCAGGAUGCUGAAUUCUUAAAAAACCUGAAUGAAUUCCUGGACUCGGAGGAGCGCACCUUGGAGGAUGUGGUGCGCUUGCUUGAACUCAGCAGGGCCCCACCACCCCAGUCCCAGAAUCGGCCCCCCGAGAACUGGGCAGAAGCUUUGGGGGUGCUUCUGGGGUCUGUGGUGCAAAUCAUCUACUAUUUGGAUGCCGAAAUGCGCAGCCAAGAGGAAGCUAGGGCGCAAGAGCUUGCCGAGGCCCAAGCGGUAGCAUCCUUGGCUUCAGCAGCAGGGAGGAAGGUCAAGAAGGAGCCAGGGAGGGCUGCAGAGAGGGGCUCUGCCUUGAAGAUGGAGGACCCGGAUGGCUGGAAUGAUCUGGCAGAUGGGGCUGACGCUCCUAAACCUUUGGUUCGAAAGGCUGGAGCUCUGACUCGCUCCAGGAGAAAGAAGCAGAAAAAAACUCCCAAGCAGGAACCAGUGCCUUGGAAGAAAUCCCAAGGCAGCCAUUGCCACAGCUCAGCCUCCUUGAAGCAUCCUGAAGCUGAUGAUGGUAAAAAUAUGGAGAUGUUAGAACCUGUCAGGAACAGCAAAAAGCCAUGUGCGAAGCAGGAGCGGUCGGCUUUGAAGAAGCCCCCAGUAAAAUGUGCCUGGAAGUUUCCCAGCAACCCGCCUCCUGUAGCUGCAAGCUGGGGAGUUGCCUCUGAGUCAGACCAAGAUGGUGGCCUGGAGGGCCCCCCGAAGAAGAAGGCCAUGGGCUGGGCCUCAGCAAAGAGCCCUGCCCCCAUGAGGAAGAAAAAGAAGGUGAGCUUGGGCCCUGUCUCCUAUGUCCUUGUUGAUUUGGAAGACCCCAGGAAGAAGCCAGAGGUUUCAAAGAAAGGGCCAGGCUCCGGCCGGGGUGCACCAGACCAGAAGGCCCCUGGGGACCCCCAGCCCCAUGAGUCACCAACCUCAACCUCACAGGGUCCAGAGGCCAAGCCACAAGGCCCUCCGCAUGCCUCUAGUGAGAAUGACAACAAAAGUCAUUUGGGUUGUGUCAACAAGUGGAUGGAGGGGGAGGAGCAGCGGGGGCAGGUGGGGGCACAGGAACCCAAGGGGGCAGAGAGUCAGGUGGUGGGUGAGGACCCCAGUGCAGUGGAGGAAGCAGGUGACCCACCAGUUGAGGCCUCAGAGGCCGAGAGCCCUGACCCCGCCUCCUAGGAGCCCCUGAAGGCCCACACUUGGGGAUACCUGUGGAGACAGGAGGUCAGAGCAAACCCACUCACCCAUCCCUUGUUGAUGAGUGUGUCUCCGUGGUAUUCUCCAGUCAUCUCUCCCUUCAUCUGACCCAUCUCCCUCAAUGAGGAUGUCGUGUUUGGGGUCGUGUUGUUCAUCAGAGUGGGUGGCCUUGAGGCUGAAGUUUUCUGGAGGCCUGGUUGGGAGAUCAACAUGUUCAAAGACUUAGGAAGUCUCAGGAAGUGAAAAAUCUGUCCCGACACAGCCUGCUUCUCCUCUUGGGCUGUUCUGACUUAUCCACAGAACAUGGGGGGACCAUCUGCACCUGAGCAGUUGAAAGAAGACCAAGAAAGAGGCUCCAAGUUGGGAACAGAGCGCUCUUGUUGACCUUUGAUUGUUUUAGGAACUCACUUUGUAGAGAUCCAACUUUCAGCGGUGAAUGGUGUGUAAGGUCUUAGGUGGAAGGAGUUAGGGAGGGAAGUGUAGCCCUGUGCCUUUUUUCCUUGGCUGGGCCUGCUUUUUCACCUCCUCCUAGACACAGUCUCAGAGGAUGGAGAGUCACGAGGUAGAUUGGAAAAGUUCUAGAACAUUCACUGUGACUCACUCACAGGCUGGUUCACUGUUAUGGUCACCUGUGUUUGGCCUUUCUCCCCCAUUCCCUGCUUCCUUUUCUGGAUGGUGAGCCAACCUCUCUCUGCAGGGCCUGGCGAGGUAAAUAGGUCCCUUAUAUCCUCUCUCUGCUUCAACCUUUGGGUAGGUUAAGUCAAGAUCUUCCCUGCAGACUUCACUUCCUCACUCUUACUAGUUUUCAGUGUCCAUCCUCCAGUUCUCUAUCCAGAAGGUGGUAAGAUCCCUAUGCACUUAAGCCUUGAAGUGUUUGGUUUAAGGUUCUGUUAAUAAAACUGGUACUUGGAUUCCCAUUUGGGUGAAACCCUUGCAGGAAACCUACAGCCAAAAAAGAAUGAUGGGGAGGGAAGGACUCUGCCAUUCCUGGGUCCCCUGGCUCUUCUUCCAUCCUGUGCCCGCCCCCCCCCCCCCCAAACUCUCUUUGAGGCUGAAGACCAAAUCUCCCAUUAUAGGAAGAGACAGGAAAAUAUUCUUUAAAAAUUGGCUGAUCAUUUGCACCCUCUGAAUAGACCAGAAUGCCUUGUCUCCUAUGUGUGCAGGAGGAGAGGGAGGGCCAGGUUACCCGAGCUCAAUGAUUUCCAGACUGUAUCCUGGGGAAGCCAAGCUGUGCUCAAAGAAGUUAUCCAAAUCUACUUUUUCAUGUAUUUAUUUUUUUAAAGUGACUAUUUGAAUGUAUCAUAAACCCAACAAGUCACACCAGAGACUAUCAAAAUAUUACCUUGUGUUCAUCAGUGUUUUGGUACAAGUAUCCAUUUUGUUGAUUUCAUCAUCUAUUUGCAUAUGAUCUAAUUUUCUUGUAAAUGCAGCAGAUAGGAAAGGUUCCGAGUAGAAGUUGGUCCCGCGAAUGCCCUGUCAUGAAACAAACACUCUGAAAGAAGUUUCCCUUUGUGAUCCACAUGUUAUUGUCCUACUGUGAUGCUGCGUUGUUUGAUAGCAAAACGUAUCAACACGGCGCACAGUAAUUCAUAUUCUGUUAAGAGUUUCGUGGUCUGUCUUAUGACUUAACAUUUUUGUGAUAAAGGAUGUGAAUCGUUGUUAGAUGUUAGUGAUUCAGCAGGUUUCUCAUGACAAUUCAUUUCAAAAUUCUGGAUGAGUCUGAGAAGGCAGGAAAAAAGGAAACAGUUUCCGUUUGCAGCUCUUCAUCUGUGUGUAUCACGGUUAUCCUCGGGUCUGAGCAAAACAAAACAUGGGAGUGAAUUGGCCUUUCAAGCUGUGGCUCUCCAGCUCCAGAUUUCAAAAUCAGGUCCACUAGGGCUUCAUUGUAUUAACAAAUUGACACCAUGAUUAGUAAAUGUAAAUGUAUGUUAUCAAAUAAAGU